AUCGUUAUUCGAGAAUGAACAAGCGGGCGGAGAUCUUCUACAAGGGGCAGACGUUUAUUUUCAACAUUUACUCGCUGAUGCCGCAAGAGCAGCGCUGGAAGAGAAUCCUCAAUGAGCUCAACUACUUACACGUGAUGGGCUUCUGGGUGCUGCUGUUCGAUCUGCUGCUGGUGCUGCACGUGGUGGCCAAUCUGAACAACAUGUUUGAGAUUGUGAGGGCCAUCUUUGUGCUGGCAACCAGCGCUGGGCAUACCACCAAGCUGAUAUCCAUCAAGCUGAAUAAUGUGGCGCUCCAGCAGCUGUUCGAACGCCUGGACGAUGGGGAUUUCCGUGCCGUGGGUGCGGAGGAGUUGGCUAUAUUUGCGGCCGCCUGCGAGACGACUCGCAAGGCGCGAGAUUACUAUGCGGCGCUGUCAUUUUUAGCUCUGGCCAUGAUGCUGAUCCCACAGUUUGUGCUCGACUGGUCGCAGCUGCCGCUGGCCACCUACAAUCCGUUCGUCGAUAGUCCGGGCUCGGCCGGAUACUGGCUGCUGUACUGCUACCAGUGCCUGGCGCUCUCCACCUCGUGCCUCACCAACAUUGGCUUCGACUCCCUGUGCUGCUCCCUCUUCAUAUUCGUCAAAUGCCAGCUGGACAUCCUGGCUCUGCGCCUGCAGCGUUUGGGCAACGCUAGCACCAGCAUCGAUGUGCAGCUGAGGCAAUGCAUUCGCUACCACAUGGCGAUCGUGGACUUGGCCGAUAACAUCGAGCGGCUGCUCUGCCAGCCGAUAUCGAUGCAAAUAUUCUGCUCGGUGCUGGUGCUGACAGCAAACUUCUAUGCCAUAGCCAUGUUGUCCGAUGAGAAGUUGGCGCUCAAGUUUGUCAGCUAUCAGGCCUGCAUGCUGAUUCAGAUUUUUAUGCUCUGCUACUUUGCGGGCGAGAUCACCCACUGCAGUGUCGGGCUGCCCCAUCGGCUGUACGACACCAAUUGGAUGGACUGGAAUCGCUCCGACCGCCGCAACGUUUUGCUCUUCAUGCAGCGUCUCCACUACGAACUGAGGAUAAGAACCAUCAAUCCCAGUCGCGCCUUUGACCUGGCUCUCUUCGGCUCGCCUCAUUAG